AUGCGUUGGGCCAGGGCGACAACUCUGUGCGGCCUAGCGUCGGCAAUUGCCAGCCCACUAGGCCUUGCGCUAGCUUCCCAAAACCAUGAUUAUGAUAUUGUGGUGGUUGGUGGCACUUCCGCGGGGUACGCGGCAGCCAUUCAGGCUGCACGCUUAAAUCGGACUGUGGCCUUACUCGAGCCCUCAAAGCAUGUGGGAGGCAUUGCCAUCGAGGGCGCCGGGGCAUCAGACAUUGAUUCACAGUCCUCUUUCCAAAACUCAUUGACCAUCGGCCCCCUUGCAUUCGAGUUCUACCGACGUGUCGCCGACCGGUAUAACAAUACCAAGGCUUUCGAUCAAGGUUGGUCCAAUCACACCAAGGAUAAAAGUUUGUGGCGAUUCGAAUGUCAUGUUGGUCAGUCUGUGAUCGAGGACUGGCUCGCCGAGGAGAAGAACAUCGACGUUUAUCUGGAGACAGCGCUCCGAGGUGCUGGAAAUGGCCAUGGAGUGUUCAAGUCGGGUGAAGAAAUCAUCAAGAUUGAAACCGAAGCCCGAGAUUUCUUCUCUGCGCGCAUUUUCAUUGACGCUACUUACGAAGGUGACUUGCUUGCCGCAGCAGGCGUUCCUUAUACAAUUGGACGCGAAUCUAUCGCUGCUUACAACGAGAGCCUCGCCGGGAUUCAAUUCAACACUACAUUCUCGCAAUUGACUGUUGAUGUUGAUCCCUAUCGAGUUUCUGGAAACCCAUCUAGUGGACUCAUUCCGACCGUACAAGAUCAAGCUCUGGGCAAAGCGGGCGACAGGGAUAGGAAUAUCCAAGCCUUUUCUUGGCGUCUUUGUCUGACAAACAAUGUCUCAAACCUUGUCCCUUUCACUCGUCCUGCGGAUUAUGACCCUUCCCAUUACGAAAUUUAUCAAAGAUAUGUGAAAGCUGGAGGCAAGGUCUUUACCCCAAGCAUAGUCCUACCAAACAACAAGACAGACAUCAUCGGCAGCGCAACGGAGGGACUUGGCUUUGAUAUGCCAGGUCGCACAUCAGAAUACCCAGAGGGGAGCCACAGCCAAAGAGCCAAGCUCCUCGAAGACUUGGCACGGUGGCAGAAAGGGCUACUAUACUUCCUCGCACACGACAAUUCUAUGCCGAAGGAGACUCGUGAUGAAUGGUCCAAAUGGGGUUAUGCGCAGGAUGAGUUUGUUGAUAACGAGCAUUUCCCCCGGGCGAUGUAUGUUCGUGAUGGGAGGCGGAUGAUCAGGGACGACAUCGUGGUUACCUCACACAACACGGAAUAUUCGUACCCUGAAAUUCCCGUUUCCGAUCCAAUUCUAACGAAUUUGUGGCCAAUUGACCUGCAUUCCACACGUCGAAUUGUUAAGGAUGGUCAUAUCUAUGACGAGGGGUUCCUCUGGAAACAAGGGCCAGAUUGGAAGCCGUGGCUUUUGUCUUACCAAGCAAUUGUCCCCAAAUCGACUAUGUGCAAAAAUCUCUUCGUCCCUACUUCACCAUCAAGUACCCAUCUUGGCUUUAGUUUGCUUCGAGUGGAGCACACGUUCAUGACAAUGGGGCAAGUGAGUGCAAUUGCCGCGGAUAUUGCAAUCAAAACAAACGCGAGUAGUGUCGAGAAAGUGAAUUAUGAUUUACUCCGCGAACAAUUGGAUGCAACAGGCUUCUUGUUGAAUGCAACUGCCGAUGGCCUUCCAAGUCGCGUGUCUAACUCUUGA